AUGGCCAUUAUCUCUCCUCCAGCAACUGGACCUACCUCACAGAAAUCGAACCACUCCAACGAACCGAACGCCAGCACCACCGGCCACCAGCACAGGAACCUUAAAUAUAGCCACUCAAUACAGAACGGGACCUACGCAGAGCUAGCUCAUCCCAAUAGAAUUUCUAUCGCAAGUACUACCGGCGCCUCCUUGCAGUUGGUGGAAUGCCCUGUCCGUUCUAGCACUGUCCAAACUUCUAGCUUCUAUAACCGGCCUAGCUCUUCCCCAGAAGACUGUUCUGAAGAGCCCUCCGCCUCUGAUGAUGACGAUAAUUACGGCAGCGAGGCCGAGGUCGAUGGCGAAUUCGAAUGGGAAACCGAACCUACCCCCGAAGCCACCGGUUUCCAUGAGGUUGACCCUUCCCCGGAGGUCAAUUCUGAGGAGCCAGUAGCACUCGGUAAUGAUAAUGGUCAACCCGUAUGGAAUGACUUUGAUUUCUCUGGAUCACCUAUCGAUUUUAUAGCAACUGGCUACCCCCUACAGGAUAACUUUACAGAGCCGGCUUCUAUUGUUCCCCAUGCUAUGGGCAUAGAUCAAUGGGGUGGUUAUACCAAAUUACUGCAGACGCCGCUUAUUGAUAUGGAUAUGUCUAUGGACAUCUCUCUAGACGACGGCCCCAAGCAAUAUAUUACAACAACACGUAUCAUGGAUAUGAGCCCGGAGCCGAGCUUUCCGCAGUGCCAAUGGGAUACCAUGGGGGCCCGCCAUAUUCAGGUCUGCCUCGGGGUCAGACCCGGCAUUAACCAGCUCCAUAACGACCCCAGCGCUGGAGUCAACCCCAAAGACAUCUUCCACGAUCAUCAGCGAUAG